AUGUCCUUUUUCAGGCGGAAAGUGAAAGGCAGAGAACAAGAAAAGAACACAGACGUGAAAGCAAUUAAAACUCCAGUACCAGUACAUUCCCCUCAGAGAAGCACUAGGAAUCAUGCCUUGCUGGAGGCUGCAGGACCAAGCCAUGUGGCAAUUAAUGCCAUCUCUGCCAACAUGGACUCCUUUUCUAGCAGUCGGACAGCUGCCCUUAAGAAGCAGCCAAGUCACAUGGAAGCUGCUCAUUUUGGAGACCUAGGCAGAUCGUGUCUGAAUUACCAGGCUGAAGAGACCAAAUCAAGCCUUUCAAAGACCCUGGAACAAGUCCUGCAGGACAGUGUGGCCCUCCCUUACUUUAUCCAGUUUAUGGAACUGCGCAGAAUGGAACACUUGGUUAAGUUCUGGUUAGAGGCUGAAAGCUUCCACUCGACAACAUGGUCCCGUAUAAGAGCACACAGCCUGAACACAGUCAAGCAGAGCUCCUUGGCAGAGCCAGUGUCACCCUCAAAACAGCAGGAAAUUGCAUCAUCUUCUCCUCCUGGAUUGCUGCAGGAGAGACUGGAGGAUUCUGGCACAGUCCAUCUGCUGAGGACCAGGCCAGUGGCUGCUGACAAGAAGGACAGAACUAGCACCAGCCAGAACCACCUGCUCUCGGGUCAGGAGAGCCAUAGUUCCAGUGUGCUUUGUCUAACAGAAUCUGAGACAGGGACUCAUUCUGUUCCAGCUGAUCAGCAAGAAUCUUCCAGGCCUACAGUAUCAAAUAAGAACAGCCCCUCCACUGCACUAAAAGACUUGUCAGGAAAACUCAUGAAAAGUAUAGAACGGGAUGCAGUUAGUACUUUUACCAAAUAUAUUUCUCCAGAUGCUGCUAAACCAAUUCCUAUUACAGAAGCAAUGAGAAAUGACAUAGUUGCAAAGAUCUGUGGGGAAGAUGGACAAGUGGAUCCAAACUGUUUUGUUACAGCACAGUCAAUAGUGUUUAAUGCAAUGGAACAAGAGCACUUUAGUGAAUUUUUGCGAAGUCACCAUUUCUGUAAAUACCAGAUUGAGGUGCUGACUAGUGGGACUGUUUAUCUGGCUGACAUACUUUUCUGUGAAUCAGCCCUGUUCUAUUUCUCUGAGUACAUGGAGAAGGAAGAUGCAGUUAACGUAUUGCAGUUCUGGUUGGCAGCAGAUAACUUCCAGUCACAACUUGCUGCCAAGAAAGGCCAGUAUGAUGGGCAAGAAGCACAGAAUGAUGCCAUGAUUUUAUAUGACAAGUAUUUCUCUCUUCAAGCCACGCAUCCGCUGGGGUUUGACGACGCAGUGAGGUUAGAGAUUGAAUCCAACAUCUGCAGGGAAGGUGGACCCCUUCCAAACUGCUUCACCACUCCCUUACGGCAGGCGUGGACCACCAUGGAGACGGUUUUCCUACCUGGUUUCUUGUCCAGCAACCUUUACUACAAGUACUUGAAUGAUCUCAUCCAUUCAGUACGAGGAGAUGAAUUUCCAGGAGGGAAUAUUGCACUGAGUAUUCAUGGCCACGGAAGCUCUCCUGAUAGUGAUUCUAUAGGGGCCCCAGAUGGCUCUGCCUCCCAGACCAAUGUCAAAAAGGCUAAUGUUAAAAUCCUGAAAAAUUUUGAUGAAGCAAUAAUUGUAGAUGCUGCAAGUCUGGAUCCAGAAUCUUUGUAUCAACGAACAUAUGCAGGGAAGAUGACAUUUGGACGAGUCAGUGACCUGGGACAGUUUAUCAGAGAAUCUGAACCAGAGCCCGAUGUCAAAAAAUCCAAAGGGUCCAUGUUUUCACAAGCAAUGAAGAAAUGGGUUCAAGGAAACACGGAUGAGGCUCAAGAAGAGAUGGCUUGGAGGAUAGCAAAGAUGAUAGUCAAUGAUGUCAUGCAGCAGGCGCAAUGUGAACAGCCUUCGGAGAAGGCUACGAAGCUAUGAUUUUAGAAACACCAGAAGAGGGAAUGCAGUUUUCAGCUUCGAGAAUGAGUGAACUUUCCCUUUUGGUGGAUUCUUGA